CUCCUCCUGGUUCGGAAAGUGAAGUGGUGUUUGGCGUGCUACUGCUGUCGGAGUUUUUCCCCUCUCUGUUGCCUUCCGUUCAGUGUUAUUGUCGUUUGUUUUGUUAUUUUACUUAACUCGCGAGCUUUUACCUUACUAAUUUAGAAACUCAGUCCUGUAGCCGACGUAUGGGUUGUUUUACAAAAGUUCCCGAAGUGCUCUUUGAGGAACCGGUGGACAGCGGACGCCACCGGAGAUGGAUAAGCUAACCGAUAGCUGAGUCGUUAGCCGAGAGUCACAGGUCAAGAAUAGGAUCAAGCUAGCAUGCUAACGGCUAGCUAACGUAGCUUUUAAUAAGCUAACCAAGUGACUUUGUUAACCUGUAAAGACUGAAGUUGUGCCGGUAAUUUGUCGGGCCUGGCGGCUACACAGUGAACACUUUGUCACAGGCCAGCUAACCCAGGAAGAAGACUCGGGCUGUGUUACAAGGAAAAGCCAGAAGAAGUAUUGUUGUUCGUCUCUCAGCACAAACCAAGAGCAUGUUGUCCAACGCACAGAACCAGCCACUGUUUCCCAACCCGGCGGGGCAGCAGAACCCCACGGGCCAGUUCCUCCCCUUCCACCCAAGACCCAAUUUACAGAUCAAGAAAAACGCCAUAACAGACGAAUACAAGGUGACCAGCCAGGUGCUGGGGCUGGGCAUCAAUGGCAAAGUGCUUGAAAUCUUCAAGAAGAAGACUGGAGACAAGUAUGCGCUGAAGAUGCUGCAGGAUUGUGCCAAGGCCCGUAGGGAGGUGGAGCUCCACUGGAGGGCGUCACCUUGUUCCAACAUUGUGGGCAUCGUUGAUGUCUAUGAGAACCUCUACCAGAACAGGAAGUGUCUUCUUAUUGUCAUGGAAUGCAUGGAUGGUGGUGAGCUUUUUAGUCGAAUCCAGGACAGGGGAGACCAAGCCUUUACAGAGAGAGAGGCAUCUGACAUCAUGAAGAGCAUAGGAGAGGCCAUCCAGUUCCUGCAUGCAAUCAACAUUGCGCACAGAGACGUCAAGCCAGAGAAUUUACUGUAUACUACGAAGAGGCCCACUGCCAUGCUCAAACUCACAGACUUUGGCUUUGCCAAGGAGACCACUUCCCACAACUCUUUAGCUACUCCCUGCUACACACCCUACUAUGUUGCUCCAGAGGUUCUGGGCCCAGAGAAAUAUGACAAGUCAUGUGACAUGUGGUCAUUGGGUGUCAUUAUGUAUAUCCUGUUGUGCGGGUACCCUCCUUUUUAUUCUAACCAUGGUCUAGCCAUCUCUCCUGGGAUGAAAAAGAGGAUCAGGAUGGGCCAGUAUGAGUUUCCCAACCCUGAAUGGUCUGAUGUAUCAGAGGAAGCUAAACAACUGAUUAGGACCCUCCUUAAGACUGAGCCGACGCAAAGGAUGACCAUCACAGAGUUCAUGAAUCACCCCUGGAUCAAUCAAUCGAUGGAGGUUCCCCAGACCCCGCUUCACACCAGCCGGGUGCUAAAGGAAGAGAAGGACGCGUGGGAGGAUGUCAAGGAGGAAAUGACCAGUGCCUUGGCAACAAUGAGGGUUGACUACGAGCAAAUCAAGAUCAAGACCAUUGAGGACUCGUCCAAUCCACUGCUGAUUAAACGGAGGAAGAAGGCUAAUAACGCCAUGGCGGACGCACAGUCUGCUGCCCACUGAAAGAUGAGAGUAUGCAUGCAUAUACAAACACAGGUUGUAAAAAGGAAGCAAUAAUUUGUCGACACGUGAGUCGCAUUGCAUGGAUUUUCUCAGUGUUUUAUUUUUCAAAUUCUAAUAUUUUGUAGGAGUGUUUGUUUUUAUUACUCUACCAUUUUAACAAACCCCCUCUAGCAGAGAGGAUGUUUAACUGUGUUUUUACACCAGUGAAGAGAUUAUGAAUUAUAGAAAAGGAGAGGAGGAGGGGAACCGGUGAGAUUUACCUCCUCUCCUUUCCCGAAUAUCAGGUUGUGUAUCCAGAGGGGCUCGAAUGUUGGAGUAAGACAUGAAGCCUUAGCAUUAGCAGUAGUUCUCUUUCACCCAGCAGCCCUGUUCUAGCUCUAGCCCCAAACCUGUGAAUGUUAAAACAAAUGGCUAAAUCCCAAAAAUUAAAGCAAGGGAAGGUUUCUUGUACGUACAUGCAAAGUAAGCAGAUGUAUUUUGAACUGACGAGUGGAAUGUAAGGACUCUGUCACUGACUGUUGGAAUUAGCUUGAAAUAGUCGCUCAUUUCUCUGUGUUGAACUGGGAACUCUUUGUCAGGUUCAGUUUGUCGUCGUGAAUGUCGAACAGAGGCCUAUGCACUCACACAAGGGUCGUGUGCCAUUCUGACAGAGCACCUCACUCUUGGCUUCUCUCUCCUACCUUUUAAUCAACGCUUGUUUUUCAGGCGCAUAAUUUUAGGACAGAGAAGGACGCCACAUUAAAGAACAGAAACUGGCUCGACCUUUCUCCUGCAUGUAGCUCACAGGAGAGUAGGAGCCAACCGAUAACUGUAUUUUUUCAUGGAUUUUAUGAACAUAUUAGCGUAGGCCUUACAGAGUGUUGCUAAAGCAGCAGAUUACUUUUAACCCCUACCGACCACUUGGUUCAGGCUUUUACCAAUGUUAUGCUUCAGAGUAUAUAACGUUGCCAGAUUAUAUUUCAGGUUAAUGCUAUGCAGAUGUGUUUGUCAGCUUGAAGUACUGCUAGGACCUUUUUGUUAGCAAUUUCUGUUUGCAAAAGUGUCGGAGAGAUGUCGAGCAACAAUCUGGAGCAUUUAUGUGUGAUUAUAUACGCGGUAGCACCCUUCAAGGGAAUACAUGGUUCAGACAGACGGGUAAAGCUCUUGAGGACUUUCUGACACGAGCACUCAGCGUUGGCGUCAGUUGCACCAGCUUAACUGUCAGGAGGCUCAGUGGGAAUAGUCUGGUGCGUUGCCAGUUUUCUCCAUCCCUUCUCCUCCACACUUCCUGUAAGGUAGGAAGUAGAAAGUAUUUAAGUGCUGCUCCUCAGAAUCUGACAUACCACCAGCAAGCUGUCAUCACAUUCAGACUGGGUGUGAUGGGUGGUUUCUCCUCAUUGUUCUGUUAACGCAACAGGACGUGUCCAUGUCACUUGGGAUCAUGGGAAAUUACUGUGUUAAUUUUGUCAGUUUGGUCCACUUCACUUUGUAAAAUCACAUCCAUAGUACCUGUCACCUAGCACCUACAAAUCCCUCACUGUAAAAAUGUUCAUCGAAUGUUUGUGACAAUGUUCCUCCUGUAUUUUUUGUUCCUGUUCAUCCCUCUCAAUACCUUUUUUUUGUAGUGAAAGCACAGAUGUGUCUGCCCCCCCCCCCGUCAUUGAGUCUGUUCAGCUUCACCUGCCCUACUUUUGUCUGCUUCAGCUUUGGAUUAAAAAAAAACAUAAAA